GAGAGAGAGAGAGAGAGAGAGAGAGAGAGAAACCGCACGCGCGCGCCUCCGUAGACGUGUGUGUGUAUAUACAUAUAUAUGUGAGAGUGUGUGUGUGCGUGUAUCUGCUUUCCGCGCGCGCGCGUGUUCUUCUCGUUCCCCCACAACUCAGCCCGUGACGCGCUCGCGCUUCUGCGGCUCAGCAUCAUCUCCCGCCUCUCGCGCGGGGUAGCGGGUAGCGCGAGCCGGGGCGCGGGGGAAGGCGUGCACGCGGGCGGAGAGAGGACGGUACGGAUAACGGGGAGCGAGGAACUCGCGGGGAGGAAGGGGAAACUCGCUCGUGCUCGUAGAGGCUCGAGACCCGCCGCUGUCCAUGGUGCUGAAAGCCUCGCGCUUCUUCUGUGGCAUCCAGCGCGCGGGACUGAGGGCAACUCCACCCUGCUGCUGCUGCUGAUCCAGCGCCCACCACCCGCCUCGCGCCUCCCACCAGCAGUGUGGACAGUAGUAGAGAUGUUGUGGAUGGACUGUAAAGUGUUGGAUACGGUGAGGGGCCGGCGGAGGUCCAGGGGGGCCACCCGGAAGCUCUCCUGCUCAUUCUGGUUUCUGCUGCUGUUUGGAGCCGGUGGACUGGUGCUCUUUAUCCAUCUGCAGGAUCUCUCUGACAUGGUGCAACAACAGGGACCAGGGGUCAAGUUCAGUGGCAUGACUCGGCAGACAAGAGAGGAUCUGUGUGGUCAGCAGGACAGUGAGAUCACAGGCAGCGCCGCUGCAGCAGCUCGGAUGGUGAGAGGAGUCAGGCCUGACGAGCCGAGCGCCGAUAACCCCGUCUCGCCCAUGCAGUUCCCCGCCUCCGAGUGGAGCAGGCUGGCCCCCACGCCUGGCUCCCGCGAGCACGAGCUCGGCCAGCGCGUCACCAAACGCCACCGGAAGCUCCUCAAGACCGGCCCUGUCUUACGGCCGCUCUCCAACUCGUCUUCAUCUUUACUGUCCUCCUCAUCGCUGUCCGACACCAAGCCCAAAAGCUGGAACCGGCUCUCGAGGAUCCAGGAGGCGAGGAGGAAGCUGAUGAAGGAGGUGUGCGCCAAGUACCGCAGCAACAUCUCCCGCACCGUCACGCCCCACCACGUCAGCCGCAUCUACGUGGAGGACCGAUACAAGCUGCUGUACUGUGAGGUGCCCAAGGCCGGCUGCUCCAACUGGAAGAGGGUGCUGAUGGUGCUGGCCGGCGUCGCUUCUUCUACCAGUGACAUCGGCCACGAUGCCGUCCACUACGGCAACCACCUGAAGAGACUGGACAGCUUUGACCGCCAGGGCAUCGCCAGGCGUCUGGACACCUACACCAAGGUCCUGUUCGUAAGGGAACCCAUGGAAAGGCUAGUGUCCGCCUUCAGGGACAAGUUCGAGAGCCCCAACUCCUACUACCACCCCGUCUUCGGCAAGCCCAUCAUCUCCAAGUACAGAGUGAACGCUUCCAAAUCGGCCCUCAGGACGGGCAGCGGCGUCACCUUCCAGGAGUUCAUCCGCUACCUGCUGGACGUGCACAGGCCUGUGGGCAUGGACAUCCACUGGGAGCCGGUCAGCCAGCUCUGCAGCCCCUGUCUGCUGGACUACGACUUCAUCGGCAAGUUCGAGACCAUGGAGGAAGACGCCAACUUCCUCCUGCGUAGGACAGGCGCCCCGAGAAACCUCACCUUCCCGACGUUCAAAGACAGGAACCCCAAAGCGGCCAGGACUUCCACACACAUCACCCAACACUACUUCACACAGCUCAACACCUCCGACAGGCAGAGGGCGUACGACUUCUACUACAUGGACUACCUGAUGUUCAACUACUCCAAACCCUUCAAAGACUUGUAUUGAGGGACCUUUCGCCACGGCUGCAGUUGUGUCCUUGUCCUGAUGUGGCUGUAAAGCUGUAAAAGACUGCUAGCACACUACAGCUAUACACUAUUUAUAUUAGUAACUCAUGCUAACUGUUUAAAACUACCAAGCUUUCUGCUACAUUGCCACAUCAUGGCAUUCUUUCUACAAAUAACACGCUCAAAUUACAUUGGGGGAUUGAAGCAGGUCAGGACUGACUGCUGCUAAUGAAGUGAGGAUACCAAUACUUACACAAUCUAAAUAACACAGAUCUCCCAUUACCCCAAAAUACAGUCGAUCAGACAGGGCAUGUUUGGUGUCUGAAGUUUGGCUCUUUAGUUUUCGUUGUUGUCCAGUAAAACACCAAUCUCCAAAACAGCAACUUUAAAGGAGAGAGAAAAAACCUUGUGAACUUUUAAUUGAAGUCAAUGUAAAAAGAGUUUAUUUUAGGUCAUUUUGAAGAGUUUCUAUUGGUCCAUUCAUCAAGAAAUUUUGGCACAAUGUAAGGGACAGUUUGCCUGUUCAAAUUGUGUAGUAAACUAAAAAUCGACAAAAAUGGAGAUAAGUGUUUUUCAUUGGACAGCGACAUUUUGCACUGGAGAUACAAGAGACCCAAAAAGAGUACCUCAGUUUGUUUGAUCCAACCAGAUCAAUUGAACCACUGAGAGGGUUCAGACAACUUUUGGACCAAUCACAGGAGGCUAGGUCAGCAGGAAGACAUGCUAACACCACCCCUUAAACCAUAGAAGAAGAAAAAGACUUGUGAGGUCGUAGAUUAAAAUUAAAACCCAGUUCCAACCAAUACCAAUGAGUUUCAGGCCCAAUAAGGCCAAACUGGUACUGGUUUAAACCCACUACCCUGUGACUUAAAAAUGCAGCUACAGACUAAUGCUGCACACAAAUGCAAAUAUGCAAAUCACUGUCCAGAUCCAUCACCCGGAUUUGUCAAGUCAUGUGACUGUAUUAUGUACACCCACUCAAUGAGCUAUGCUUAAAGUUUACAUGAUCUUAAAUUUGUCAAAACGUUUUUGUAGCUUUAAAAACUGUAUAUAGCACCACAAAUGUGACAUUAUUGUGUACAUAAUACAUAAAACCCAAUUAUUUCUAAAUGUAUAACUAGCGAUUUGUGUAUUUUAUAACCAACAGUGACCACAUCAGUCAGGAUUUAAGUUAAAUAAGUUAGGACUUUUUUAGCCUAAACUUCAGACACCUAAACUUGUUUAAUUGACUACAUUUAUGGGACAUAAAUGAUGGGGAAACGUGUUAUAAGGUUUUUAUAAGGGUUUAUAAGCUUUUAUAAUGCUGCAUUCCAUUUUAUGUACCUCAGAAUCAGAUCACAGAGCUGGGAAUAAUGGCACAUAAGUAACAAAUAUUUUGCAGUUCAUCAUUAUUUACUAGGGUUUUAUGGCAAAUGUACCCAAAAUAUUUCCCAUUAGUUAUGCCAGGUUGUUUUAGUUAACAUCAUAUCAGGUUAACAUUGUUAACUAUAUCACACUGUAAAAGAUUUAGGUCUUUAUAGGCAAGUCAGUUCACUCUGUAGCCAUCUUUGCAAUGCCAACAGGAAGUUACGCACAGUAUAUGCACUCAUACAAGACCAGCAUCCUAUUGGUUUGAUUGGGGAAAGACCAAAAUGCUCGAAAUCAAAAGUCCAUUUACCUUUUCAACAACAUAUUAUAAAUAUAAAUAUAAAAAAACUCAUGAUUCGUUUGUAAAGUUAGAAUUCCAUAAUGCACAAAAUAAACUGAAAUUUCGGCUUAGUGUGCCUGCUGCACUUGCGCAGAUCACCUCAAUGAGGGGGGCUUCCACAUUAGCACACUGACCUCCCUUCACUCACAGCGUAGGCAGCAAGUUAAUUGGCUCUUUCCAGUUGGUGGUUUCCUCAUUAGUAACACCUCUGAAAAACAUUUACAAAAGUAUUAAAAAUGCCUAAGCAACAAAAAGUUUAGUUUAGUUAGUAUGAAAACAUUUGGGGAAAUGUGGUGCCAACAUUUUAUUUAUAUUUUCCACACAAUAACAGCGCAGUGGGUAAUAACACAUUAUACAGUAUUUUGGACAUCCAAACACCAUAGAAGAAUGUCCACAGGUCAAAGUUGAACAGUGCAGCCAUCUCUGGUUCUGAACUCUGAAUUUCCAUUUAGGAAUUCUGAUUAUAGGAGUGUUCCAGUGGAAAUUUCCUACUUGAAAUUCAAAAAUUCUGAAAUUUGAGUUUAAAUGGAAUGCAGCAUAAUCAUUUAAAGGAGAAAUCUGGUGUGAAAUGAACUUGGGUUGUAGUGAAACAUGAUAAUGAGUACAAACUUUUGUCCAAUAUCCCACCUCCAUUUGACCCCAGCAUUCCAAAAUACAGCACUUUUAGCCGAUGCUCCCAACAGGCUUACAAUACUAGUGAUGGGGGCAUAGUGCUGCCUAUGCAAAGAAAUCACUAUUUUUACAUCACUAGCUCCAAACUUUAUUGGUAGAAUUCUGAGGACCAUGAUAUUUUAAUCGAGACACUGAGAACUUUGAAAGUGCACAAGUAGUUUAUUAAAAACGACUGUUUAUACACACAAUACCUUAAGGUAGUUUUCUUGAAAUGUCGACUGAUGAGCAUGAAGAAAAAGGUAGGAUAUGGGAAUAGAUUGCAAAAUUAAUUAUGUGGAAAGGCAUGAAUUCCACAGAAUUAAUUUUGUAAUCUCUUCCCCUAUUCUUAUGGUGUACAAUGAUGUAAAAAUUGUGAUUUCUAUGCCCCUAUCACUAGCAUUGUAAGCC